ACCAAAAAACUGUCGGCGGAAGUGACUAAAUUUCUGGAACCUUCUGCAUCCUUCGAGAAGACGACGACAGUAUAAAAGUAAGCCGCCAACCGAGCGCGGCGCAUUCCGCUCAGAGUACUUUGACGCGUGUACGCUAUUCGAGUGAAAUAAAGCAAAUUUUAUAUGACGUGAGUGAAUCCUUGCAAUCCAUAAAAUAUGGACAGAACAGAAUUUGUGGAGUUUGCCAAGGCGACAAUAGAUUUUGUUGCCGAUUACACUGAAACUUUGAGAAAUAGAAAUGUACUGCCUGAUGUGGAACCAGGUUAUCUUAGUAAAUUGUUACCUGAACAAGCACCACAAAAAUCUGAAAAAUGGCAAGAAGUGCUUGAAGAUGUCGAAAAAUAUAUUAUGCCAGGUAUUACACAUUGGAAUUCGCCUUAUUUUCAUGCAUAUUUUCCCGCGGCUAAUUCUUAUCCGGCUACCGUGGCUGAGAUUUUAAGCAGCGCAAUUGGUUGUGUCGGCUUUAAUUGGAUAGCAUCGCCAGCCUGCACCGAACUUGAAGUUAUUACGUGUAAUUGGCUUGGUAAACUAUUAGGAUUGCCUAAUGAAUUUUUGAAUCACAGCAAUGGGACAGGCGGAGGAGUCAUACAGGGAUCUGCAAGUGAAUGUACAUUCAUAUGUUUAUUGGCUGCGAAAGAGUACGCAACACGACGAAUGAAAACUCUUCAUCCAGAACUGAACGAGAAUCUCAUUAAAUCUAAAUUAGUCGCAUAUACUUCUGAUCAAUCGAAUUCUUCUGUGGAGAAGGCAGGAAUUUUAGGAUCAAUGCUAAUGAGGCUGUUGCCAGUGGACAAAAAGUGUUCUCUACGUGGUGAAACUUUAAAGAAAGCGAUUCAGGAGGAUUUGGAGAAAGGUCUUAUUCCGUGUUACGUCGUCGCUACUUUAGGAACUACUGGCACUUGUGCCUUUGAUAAUCUAGAUGAGAUAGGACCUAUAUGCAAAGAAUAUAACAUCUGGUUGCAUGUCGAUGCUGCUUACGCAGGUGCAGCAUUUAUUUGUCCGGAAUUUCGUUAUUUAAUGUCCGGUGUUCAAUAUGCAGAUUCUUUCAACAUAAAUGCGCACAAAUGGCUCCUUGCAAACUUUGAUACUUCGAUAAUGUGGGUGAAAGAGUCGAGACGACUUAUAGAAACGUUCAGUGUUAAUAGAAUAUAUCUUGCUUAUGAUAAGGAAGGACUCGUACCCGAUUAUAGAAAUUGGCAAAUUUCUUUGGGUCGGCGAUUUCGUUCGUUAAAAUUAUGGUUUGUCAUGCGUAUUUAUGGAGUGGAAGGACUUCAGAAGCAUAUUAGGCAUACCAUAAAAUUAAGACAGCUUUUUGAGAAAUAUCUCAGAUCGGAUGAUAGAUUUGAAAUAGUUACCGAAGCAGUUAUGGGUCUCGUUUGUUUCCGUCUCAAGGGUGACAACAGUUUGACAAAGAAACUGUUAGAUCGUUUACAGGCUAGAAGACAAAUUUAUCUGAUUCCCAGCAUGUAUCAGGAUAAGCUUAUCGCCAGAUUUGUCGUAUGCAGUCGAUUAUGUACAGAAGAAGACAUCGCUUUCUCGUGGAACGAAAUAAGUAGUCAGACAAACGAAAUUUUACAAGGCGAACUUUAUCAAGAAUCGGUCGAGAGCAUCGCGAAAUCAUCGGAAAAUAUCGCGACGACAAUAGAAAAUCUAAACUUGAUGACAAAGAAAAUUUCGCAGAAAAUAUCAUAAUUAAUCUUAAAAAUUUUGCCUAAAAAUUUCAUAUAAGAGACUUGCACAUUUUUAUUUCAGACCUAUUAUAAUGCUCUGUAAUGUUAUAUUAUAUGUCUCUAGUUCUUAUCAUUUCUAGAACAGUAUUCUAAAAGAGCAAUAAUUAUUACAAGUACAAUAUUUUAAUAAAAUAUACGAAAGAUUAAUUAUAAAAAAAUCUUGCCUUAUCUAUUUAUAAGAUAAUGGAUAAAAUCUCUUUUUGUUUCUAUUUUGUUUAAAAAUAUAACAAAUAUAUAGAAUAAUUACGA